UACAAGGUAAGAAAAAAAUAAUUAUUGAUAAAUCAUGAACUUAUUAAUGUUACAUUGUUUUGACAUAAUUAUUUUAAUUGGUUAAAUUUCCAGUCUUAUAAUAAAAACCAGACUUUGAAUAUGUACAUUAUCGUACCAGAUAAAUAUGAUUUGACAUAUGUCGAGGAGAAUUUUGACAAAAUAAAUUUCUUUGAAUUAAAUGCCAGCAAACAAUUAAGCAAAGUUGAUUUGUCUUUACCAAAGUUCAAAAUUUCAAAUCGUUCCAAUUUGCAAAAGACUUUAGAGAAGCUAGACAUUAAAAGAAUCUUCACCAAAGAAGCUGAUUUUACAGGGAUUUCGAAAUCUUCAAAAUUACACGUGGACAAAAUUGUUCAAAAAACUGAACUUGAAAUUGAUGAAGAUGGAAGUGAAGCUGGAAGUGCUACAGCUAUUAUUGAUGUGACAUCAUCUCCACCAAGAAAAGCUCUUCGUAACGUUAGAUUUAUUGUUGAUCGUCCAUUCAUUGUAGCCAUUACAGUUGAUGAGUUUAUAAUAUUUGUUGGUCGAGUUGUUGACCCAACAAAAUAAAACAAGUAUUAACAAAUUUAAUUUAUUUAAAAAUUACGUCAUGUUCAUGUUAAAAGUAUA